AUGGCUAAUCAUCCCGGCUCCAGCAGAAGUCUCCCCAACACAUCGCCGGGGUUGAGUUACUGGCAGCGUACGACACGGGCAUUUCCGUCUCUCCUCGCUAAUCGCCAUGUUGCAGUUCCGCGCGUGGCCAAAUAUGUGGUUAUUGGCUCGGGGAUCUCCGGCGCUUUGACGGCUUUUGAACUCCUCGAAGCUGGAGUUUAUGGGGAAGAUGUUAUCAUUUUAGAGGCUCGAGAAGCAGCCAGUGGUGCUAGCUCUCGCAAUGCAGGACAUGUCCGACCAGAUGCCUUCCGAGGUUUCACAGCCUACGCCAAAGUCCACGGCGAGGAGCAAGCACUUAAGAUCAUUGCCAAUGAACGUCUAGUCCUCGAGAAGGUGGACGAGUUUACCCGCAAACACAACGUGCCCUGUGAUUUCAGCUUGACAACCACUUUUGAUGUGUGCAUGACUCCUGAAUUUGCUGCGUACGCAGCUGAGAGCCUCGACGCAUAUAAAAAAGCCGGCGGCGACACCUCUCAUGUCAAGUGUCACCAAGGAGAAGAGGCCCAAGCAAAGACCCGAGUCCCGGGAGCAGUCGCCGCAUACGAGUGGCCCGCGGGGUCCAGCCACCCUGCAAAGUUGGCACAAUUCCUCCUUAAAGCUGCGAUAGACAAGGGCGCGAAGCUGUUCACAUUUUGCCCAGCCACCAAGAUCAAGAAGAAUGAGGCAGGAGAGUUGUGGGACAUACAUACACCGAGGGGAGUUAUGACCACAGAGAAGAUUAUACACUGCACCAAUGCCCAUGCCGCUCUGCUACUCCCCAGGCUCGAAUCAUAUAUCCAACCCAAUCGUGCGCAAGCACACACGCUCAUCCCCACGCCCGCCUUCGCCGCGGAAAAUGCAUUAACCAACACCUUCUCGCUGCGCUACAGUCUGCACCACUUCUACUCCCUGAUCCAGCGGGGCGGUGAUGGAACCCUUGUGCUGGGAGUGUCGCGAUCGAAUCCGACGCUCAGUGCCGAGACACUAGCCGGUCGAUUUAGUACAGACGACACACACUACAAUGACGAGAUUGCGCAGGAUGCUCUACGCAAUUUUGGGCAGAUCUUCCCCGAUUACAAGGCCGAGGACGCUAUGCAUGGCGAGGGCUUGGAGCAUGCCUGGACGGGGAUUAUUGCAAUGACCACCGACUCUGUGCCGUUUGUGGGUGCAAUUGACUCUUUGCCUGGGCAGUAUAUCUGUGCGGGGUUCAAUGGGCAUGGCAUGGCGCGGAUCUUUACUUGUGCCCCGGGUGUCGUCAGGCUUGUCCUUGGGGGUAGUUGGAGCGACACGGGCCUGCCGGAAUGUUUCCAGUUCAGCACUGACAGACUUUCCAAACUCACCGAUGGAUCUGUGUCAUCGGUCUGGUAA